AUGAAUGAUAGCAAUGGAUUUGUAAGUUUUGAAUUAAUUUUCGAAUUUUUCUUUUCCAAAAAAUUUCAGGAGACCCGCCAGCAAUCGGUGUUCCAAACCAUGCAACGAAUGCGUGACAAAAAAACUGAAAUCGCUGAAACCCUUCGGGAACUAGGAGUUGGCGAUGUGCAGGAUGAUAAGUCGGUGAAAGACCUUAUAGAGCAUCUGAUGAACGCGUAUGAUUCGUUGUGUACACAGGAGAAACUAUGGGCGGAGCUGCUGGAGGAUUUGAACAAAUUGGAGAAAAAAGAGGAAUGA